GGAGACCAACGUACCAACGUGAUUGGCAAAAUUCUUGAACAUCUGUCCAGUCCAGAGGAACUUUUUAAAUAUUACCCACACAGACCUGAAAUGGUAAGUUUUGUUGAUUAAUGAAACAGUUAUUUUGUACAGAGAAAACAAAACUGCCGACCGCGUUUGGUAACCACUUAUACUAAUUUAUAAGUUAUAUAUACUUUUAUACUAAACUGAUAAAUAUACUAAGCUUAUAUGACGGUAUUUCCCAAACCAUGAGUCAUAAACUUAGUGGUAACAAUAGAAAGUGCAUGAGGUUUUCAAAGAACGAUGCAACACUAAUAGAGAAUGCCCCAAAAUCAUAACUCAUGUGGUAUUUCCAAUGCCAUACAUGAUCACGAAGUGUUUUACAAACUUAAACUAAAUAAAUUAUAUUAUCACCAUGCAAAUAUACAACGAAUUAAUGCAUGGAGUGACUUGACAACCUAUUCAGUGGGUAGUCCCUUAAGGAACCUUACACCAAAAUAUUUUUGGUAUCUAAAAGACAUCAUUUUCGGUCAACUUGCAGCUUGUGUUGUAACACAUUAUGUACAUUUAUAAAUAAAUGUCUUAAUUAAAACAUUGCAUAUGUUAAAAACAUUGCUCUAUAAUUUUUUAUAUAUAAUUAAUCUUUUUCACUUGAAACCUUUCAGAUGUUGAAAGGUGGAAAUUGUGGUCAAAACGACGCUGGAUUUCAUGUUCAGGUAAAUUCUAAUCAAUCAUAUAGAUCAAGCAUAAGCUGUCGAUCUGUACUUGGAUUUACAAACACGAGCCAGCCGAGUGAGAGUGGUUGUGGAUCGAAUCGAUCCAUACACAGAUCAGACUCACAUUCUUUAUAGUGCUUACCAAGUUCAUACAUUAUCAAACGCUCAUCGGUGUGUCGACUAGAUAUAUUGUGAGCUGUUUUCUGUUGCAAAAAUGGAACGAACUGUUAUAUUAAUCAAGUCACGAAAUUUUUUCCACUUUAAAAACUAUGAUUAAACAUUCAUUUCUUUUGAUUUGCGAACGCGUAGUCUAAGCAUUUUAGAUAUAAUAAAGCGCAGAAUUAGAAGUACUUUGAAUAGAUCCAAACACGAUUACGAGGCCCCGUUCACAGGAUGCUGGAAGGCUGUAGUGCAUUUCCUGGAUAGACAGUGAUUUUGAAGACUAGAGGAGUGCAAAACCCUGAGUGCCAAAGGCAGGUGUCGCUAUAAUCAUAAUUUCCCCACACCAUGCAUGCAAAAUCCUCAAUAAUAUAUGAAUUGAAUAUUUGGUUCAUUAUGGUAACAUUCGUUGUUACAGUACAUUGUAAAUUAAAGGAUGAAAACUCGAAAGAGUCGUUCCGGGUCCAAAUUACCCUAAAUGUGGCAUUUUUAGUGUACUGGAAACGUUUGACAAGCUUAGAGCGAACACCAAUAUACUUCCAUGAUAAAAUAAUUAUACAGCUAGGAUGCACAGGAUCCUGACUUACCUGAUGAGUCUGUUAAGAUUUUGACAGAAGGCACAACCCUACGCUACCAUCUGAGCUGCUGUAAUAAGCAUGCAUAUAUAUUUUGAAGCUGAAUAUUUUAGGGGCGUGUUGGUGGGCAGCAUCAGAGAGAGACGCACCCCUGAACGCUCUUUUAAAAGUGCGCCCCUGGUUGUUUUUUUGAAGUCCGUAAAAUUAUACCCCUGUAAUUCAUUAAUUAAGAGAUACUAUGAUCGCAGCUACCACUAGUUUCCUGACUUGGAAUUUGAUAUUAAAACAUUUGGUAAAGAUAUAACAUGGGUAAAUGUAAGGAUGUUGUGCAUCUCACUCAAUGGAACUAAGUGCUGGAGGGUUUUACGAAGAUGGAAAUUUUCGGAAUCGCUGGGCCGCAGAUUCGACUUCUGUCAGAGUUAUAGUUGCAUUUUCACAUCUGCUCUGGUUUGGUCUCACAAUAUUUGUUUAUAAUUUCUACUCAGGAUUUCCAUCUUCGAAAAUCCUCCAACGGUAAAAAUAAAAGUGUGUUGUGAAAUCACAUGAAUAGGCUAAUAUAGUGCGUUUGAUUAUAACUGUCCGUGUUUGCCUAUUUUACCAUAUUUCGUCUAGCACAUUUAUGUGUCAGAAGAUUCAUGAACCAAAUUAGUUUGUGGAAUCGUUCGUGAUUAUAUUGUUAUGUAUUUCAAUGAAAAUGAAAUGUAUAAUAAAGCGAUUCUUCAUUUAAUUACCAUAGGCUGGUAACAGUUACCGUACCAUGCCCUUGCUAAUUUCGGAUAUCACAAAAACUGCGUCCCGAUAUACAAUUAUUUAAUGUAUUAUAUCUUUCUUUUUAUUUUUAGUUUAGUUGUGGAAAAGACGAUUCUGAUCGCAAUAAUAUGUCGAGUCCAGGUUGGUACUUCCUUUUUUAAGAACAAUUCCGAAACAAAUAAAAUUGUUCACCCAUCAAAUAUGUUGCUUAUAAAACAGUCACGAUCAGUUACGUGCGACUAAUUGGAAAUACACUUGGCAACAUUAAUUCAUGCCAUAUAAUUAUCUGGCCUUUGCUUUCAGGUUUGGGAAGAUAAAUAAAUAUUAUAAUUAAAAACUUGUUCUUUGCUCUAGUUUAAUUUCGAUGCCAACAUGGCACUAUAAACACCAAAAAUUUAUCGGGAUUAAUUCAUGAUCGAAAACCCGAAAACCAAGGCAAUAUUUUCACAUCAACCCAAACUGAUGCAGAGAAUGCAAAUACUUAUAAAUAACACCUACAGCCAACUGAGAUCAAGGCCUAUGAAAUAUAAUGUGCUUGGCUGUUUUAGUUCCUGAUGAAGCUUCCAUGCCUGAUGUUAGCACUAACAUACCGCAACAAAAUACAGACUCGUCUUCGCAGAAGUGGAAUCCAAAGAAAUUUAAAGAAAAGAUGAAGGCAAAAUUCCAAAGUAAGGUUAGAGGUUUAAUCCAUUUUAUUAUGUAGCCAAUUAUUCAGUAGGUCACCUUAAACAGAUGAAAAGGUUUUGAUGACAGAUUAAUUAUAACUUCCUAAAGAACGAACCAAGAGUUUGUAUGCAAAACAGGGGCGUAACUCCUGGUGUGUGUGUGUGUGUGUGUGUUGGCUUGCAAUAUGAUGCUAAGUACGAACUGAACUUAAUUAAUUAACAUCCAUAACUUUGAUGGUGAUAUUAUAAUGAUAGUGCACAAUACGUUAGUAUAAUACUUGUGUAGAACUGCUGAGCACGUCCUACUUGUUGGGGAGAUUUUGAUUUUUUGGGCAAGGCCCAAAAAAUUUUUUCAGUUGUUCAAAGUCAUACUUUGUUUUUAAGGUUUUUAUAAUUUUUUAAGCAAAAAUGUUAGGGUUGAUAAAGUUGAUAAAACGCGGACCACCGCGGUCAAACGUCUGCGUCAGUGUCGACUGCUUGUAUUCGACUGGAAAUAGUAUUGUCUUCACGAAGCUCUACCAAACUGUAAUGAUCAUUAAAAAAGGUCAUCAGUUUAGGUCAAAAGUUUAGAUUAGUGUCAGAUUAGGAUUAGAUUAGGGUUAGAUUAAGAUUUUAUUACGGUUAGAUUGAGAUUAUAUUAGGGUUAGAGUAGAUUAGGGUUAGAUUCAUAUCAUAGUAGAUUUGUGAAAAGAUGUAAUUUAUGGGAUAUGACAAUUAGUUUUCCGAAUUAAGGUCUUUGAUUGAAUCAGGAACAUGCAUGUUGCGACUUCUCUGAUUCUAGCUUGCUUGCUUCUUUUCUAGAAGAGCAAAAAGUACGAAAACUUUGGUGAUUCAAAAAAAGGUAUAUGAGUCACGAAAUAAUCAUAAUUCCACCGGUAUGUUUGUACUAUUAUAUAAUUAUGGCAUUUACAAGUACUGAGAACGUACAUUUAGUGUUGUGUAACUGUUUGAAUUGCAAUACAUUUCAUUAUAUACCAAGUGUCGAAGUUCAUGUUUUCGUGCAUCUCUUUGGACGAGAGAAUAUCACGUGAAAGUCACGCAAUUCGACUGUCUCCUAUCAAUAAGCAGUGGACAUUACUUUCACUCACCGGUGAAUAAUAAAAUCGUGCAGUUGUAAAGGAAAACAGUUGUGAAUUUUCCCCGUUUCUUUUUGUUUCUUUCUGUUUGUUUGGACGCAUGGUAUAUUAUAAUAAAAUACUUGUAUUGACUGGGUCUUUCGGGAAAUAGUAUGUUUUGUCGACCCUCGACUGCAGAUGUGGCGUCGGGUCCACAAGACAUACUGUUUUCUUGCUCCCAAUCAAUGAUAGAGUGUUAAUUGCGGAUUGGGCAUUAAAUUUUUAUCUAGAUUUUUAAAAUAGCAUGUGUUAAUUGAGCAACUACUUCCUAUUCAAAACGUUUGGAUUGGUAAUAGUAGAGUAUAGCAAUGUGAAUUUCGCUAUACACAGCCUUGAUUAAUAUUUAGUAACAAGCUAAAUGAAGGAACGCUCAAAACUGUGGAGGAACGUCUUUUAUAGAGUUUUGUUUCAUUAUUUCAUGUUUCUCCAGCGACAUCAUAAUUAAAAUGUGAAUGCACUCCUUUGCGGGCUUUAAUAUAAAAUUAAACAAGUUAAUAGUACAAAACAUUCUGAUACAUGCAUUGAAUGGGAAAGCUGUGUAUGUUUUACGCAAAACUUGAGCAACAAAGUCAUAUAUAAACAGUCAAAACUAACUAUACCCUAUACUUCAGGAUUUGUCAUCAAAUUAAUUCUUAUUGUUUCUUUAAAAAUUGGAAAAUUGGUUUUACAAUUUAUUGUGUGAAAUGGUUUUCCAAGGCGAUUUCUUACAUAUUUUGUAAAUAUUUGCCUCCUUGGCGCACCUGGCAAAAAGCCAUACUUUUGAGAUCUAGUGCAAACUGAUCUUCCGGCAAAACUAUGUAAUCACGAAAUUUCACACAUCGUUUAAUCCUAAUUUUUUAUGUACUCAAAUUUGAAAAUUUUGUGGCAAUUGGAUGGAAUUAUAGUUUUUUUAAGUUAUUUAAAUUAUUUCUUUAUAUAUAGUCACACGGUAAUGUUAAUUCCUAACUGUCUUAAAAAAUUCUUGUAGAGUCUAAUUUCAAUAAAAGCAAGUGUUCUGUCGAAGGCAUAAAAGAACGUGGUAAUCAUUGUUUUGAAAAUGUGAAGUCAUGUUUGGAGACAAAAGUACUGGGCCAG